CUGUAGGCCGAGGAUUAGAUCUCACCUACCAGCUGCUGUCGAAAACCUGUCCCUUGAUGAUCUCUCGUAAACACUGCAUUUUCCAGCAAAAUGCAGAAGGACAGUGGACUGUUAAGGAUAACAAGAGUUUAAAUGGAGUGUGGCUCAAUAAACAGCGCCUGGAUCCCUUAAAACCCUAUCCUAUAGCUGAAGGAGACCGCAUCCAGUUAGGAGUGCCUUUGGACAACAAAGAGGCUGCUGAAUAUGAAUAUGAAGUAAUCAAAGAUGAAUGGGAGAAUAUCAAACCCUUCCUAGCCCAAAGAAGUGAUCUGGGAAAAACUAAGAGUCCAAGAACUAAACGCAAAUAUAGUGUGGAAGAGUCUGAAAUAUCUGGAUCAGAAGGCCCUUCGGAUUCUAGAUCCAAAAGAGACAGAGUGUCUUGUGACAGUGAACUUUCAGGUAAAUCAUGGGAAAGUGUAGAACAAGCCAAAAAGACAACAGAGAAGAUUGAUCUCAAGGUACCUACUCCUGGACCAAGUGAGGAGCACAGUGGUCCUGUGCGCUUUGAGAAAGCUGUACCUGUCGCUCAUAGGGACCAGAAAGGCUCUAGCCUUGCACAGUCUUGGACUGGCUUGGAAAUGCUGAGGAAAACUCUGGUAGAUAUAAUGAAGCUGAAAGUCAAAGUGCAGGAGAAGCAGCGAGCAGUUCUGAACGUGAAGCAGAAGCGCAGGAAGUGUGCUCGGAAGGAGAUCCUGGCAAUGGAGCAGGAGCUGCGGGAGCUGCAGGACCAGUUGUGCCUAGAACAAGAGCAGCAUCAGCAGCAAGUGGAAGAGCUGGAGAAGACAUUCUGUAAAGAGCAGCAGAAACUAGAGGGAGUUAAGUGGCAACAUGGGGAAGAAAACCUGAAGGAGCAACUGGCCCAGGUCCUGCAGGAGCAUCGUGCUUUGAUGGAAGAGUUGAGCCGUAGUAAAAAAGACUUCGAGGAGAUAAUUCGAGCCAAGAAUAAAGAACUGGAAGAAACCAAGGAGGAGAAGGAAAAGGUGAGAGCUCAAAAAGAGGAAGUGUUGAAUCAGAUGAAUGACGUGUUAGAGAACGAGCUACAGUGCACAAUCUGUUCUGAACACUUUAUUGAGGCAGUCACGCUGAACUGUGCGCACAGCUUCUGCUCCUACUGCAUUAAUGAGUGGACGAAACGUAAAGUGGAGUGCCCUAUCUGCAGGCAGGAGAUUAAAUCAAAGACACGCUCUCUCGUGCUAGACAACUGCAUUGACAGGAUGGUAGAAAAGCUGGACGUAGAAAUGAAAGACCGCCGCCUUGCCCUUAUCAGAGAGCGGAAAGAGAAACAGAAUGUGUUGGUGAACCUAGCCACAGACAAUGACAACGCUAUCAUUACCUCCAUCUACUCCAUCCUGUCGAUGAGCAGUUGUGAUAAUGAGGAUUCUUGA